GGCCAACCCGACAUAACCCAUAUUAUUCCCGCUGCUCUUCUCAUUUGAAUCUCUCUCUCUCUCUCUCAUUUUCAUCAUCAUCACAAUGGCAUCUCGAGCAGGAAAUGAUCUGUGGUCUGAAAUUAUAGCAGAAGAAGAGAAUCGAGAUAUAAACUGCGAAACCAAGCAGUCAAAACAGCAACCAGAAGUCGCUGUAAUUUACCGCCGUAAAAACGCAGUUAGCAACCAAAGCAACGAUUUGUUGAUUUUAACUAGGGAGAAGCCGAAUCUUGGGAAUGAGAAUCGCGUGAGUUGGGCACAAGCCCCCGUUAAACGUGUCAGUUGGAACCGAGCUCUUUCCACAAGAGGAAGGACCAGUAUAGCUGUUGCUGUAUUCGUGGAUCACGCGCCACAACAGAAAAAUCAAAAAAAGAAAACAAAGCCUGCUAUUCCAAGAGGAAAAGGUUUACAACCUACUAACUAUGAUAAGGAGCGUGCCUACUUUGAAGAGGUUGAUUCCUUCGAAUUGUUGGAGGAAAGCCCUUCACCAAAGAAUAUAUGGACCAAGGGUGUAAAAAGUGAAGAUAUUGUCAAAACACACCUGUCCUCGGUAUUGGAAAAAUGGUUAAUUAGAAGGAGACUUAAUCACAGUUGUGGUCCUUCUAGAUCACUUUCUACUAUUCUAGGAACUCCUAGAUUGCUUAAUGAAGUUCCUUACAUUUGUGAUUAUUCAUCUGUAAGAACUCCAGAAAAAGGGUCUGCACUUAUUUGUUCAAGUGUACCUCCUAUCCAAGAAUGCAAGUUCUGUUUAACUGGUACAAGUGUAUCUGGAAAUGUGAUCCCUUCAAGGAAGAGCAAUAAUGCACUACCGUCUAUGACUGAGGGAGGGUGCGAAGGUAUUGCUGAUGGAGUUCGUAAUCUAUCUCUGGCAUCACGACCUUCUUCGUUGUUUAGUCAUCGCUGCGAAGAUUUUGCAGCGCUGUUAGAAUUUUGUGGACAGUCAGCUCCUUCAACACUAUCAGAUGUGUUCUCCAAAUAUUGUGAUCCUAAAAGUAUCGUCAAGGUUGGUGAAGGUACUUAUGGAGAGGCCUUUAAAGCUGGGAAAACUGUUUGCAAGGUUGUUCCAUUUGAUGGUGAUUUAAGAGUGAACGGGGAAGUUCAAAAGCGUGCGGCGGAAUUGUUUGAGGAGGUUGCACUCUCUCGAACUCUUAAUCAUUUAAGGGGGGAUGGUGGUCAUACCCAUGACAACAAUUGUACUACAUUCAUACAGACAAUUGACGCAAAGGUAUGUCAAGGCCAAUAUGAUAAUGCACUGAUAAGAGCAUGGGAACAUUGGGAUAACAAGCAUAGUUCAGAAAACGAUCAUCCUAAGGAAUUUCCCGAGGAUCAGUGCUACAUCAUCUUUGUUCAAGAACAUGGAGGACAAGAUCUUGAAAGCUUUGUGCUUCUGAAUUUUGAUGAAGCACGGAGUUUGCUGGUUCAGGUUACAGUUGCCUUGGCUGUAGGAGAGGCUGCUUAUGAAUUUGAACACAGAGAUUUGCAUUGGGGGAACAUUCUCUUAAGUCGUAAAGAUUCUGCAACGCUGCAGUUCAAUCUUGAGGGCAAGAGCUUAAAUAUCAGAACAUUUGGAUUGUUGAUAUCAAUAAUUGAUUUCACUCUUUCAAGAAUUAACACUGGUGAAGAUAUACUUUUCUUGGAUCUAUCGUCGGAUCCUGAACUCUUUGAGGGUCCAAAGGGAGAUAAACAAUCGGAUACAUACCGGAAAAUGAAAGAGGCAACUGAGGAUUGCUGGGAGGAAAGGUAUUUGGAAGAGAAAAGCAUUGAACACCAAGUUAUAGAGAACGUUUGUGUUCCAUUCUGAAGAAAAUUCAGUCACAGGGUUCCCAGCUCUCACUAAGCUUCAACAAAAUUCAGACCAGUGCACGGAAAAAAUAGAGCACAUCGUGCAGAAGAUAUUUUAUUGAUUUCAUUCUUAGACGGUAUUGCUUAUGCUCAUGGUUUGUUAAGUCUAAGUACAGACCAUUCUGCUGGCUGAGAUUUAAAUGCGUCACAAACAUUGCUAUUGUCAUUCUUAGUUCUGUUAUACCCUUACACUUGCGUGCAUAUGUAUCACAAACAUUCCCAUUAUCAUUCUUAUAUCAUAAUGAUUACUGGACAAAAGACCUUUGCUUUUCCAUAACGAUUUAACAGAUAUGUUACUGCUAAAUAUC